ACAUAUAUAACAUUCCUGACGUGAUUGUACCACGGCAGUUGUACUGUCAGGUCAUGGCUGAACAACACCGAGUAGAGACAAUCGCCCUUGUCAAACGAGAAUGUCCUGAGUUUCAGAAGGAACUGUUUCCAGAGAGAACGUGCCCCAAAGCAGAACAUGAAUAUAACAAAGAAGAUGUAGAUUUGUUCAUAUCCAACACACCUGAUGAAGGAUUUGAUUAUAGAGAGCAUUAUCUACAAUGUGGAGCGGCGUUUGGAUGGGCAAGAGCGUCGCUUUGCAAGACGAUAAUUCGCAACAAGAGCAUGCUUGUGGCUAUAUGCUCACUGAUCGCAUUGACUGCCUACGCUGUGUAUGUCGGCUUCAGCAUCAGAUUUUCCUUUGGGGAUGAAGGUUCUUUGAGACUGCUACUUGGGACCGGUUUUGUCGCCCUGAUUUAUGCCAAGGUCAAGUUGACAACCCGCGUUCAUGAACUUUUAUCUCCAUGGUCCAACAAGAUAUCGAAUUCCCCUUCGAUAACGAGAACAAUAAGAUGGUUGCUGUACAUAGGUAUGGUCCUCUUCAUGGCGAUCUACUUGGGACUGAAUGUGACCAAAGCGGAGAACUUUCUCUCUCUCGCUGGACUGACCUUCUUCAUUCUUCUAGGAUUCCUGAUAUCCGAACAUCCAGAAAGGGUGAACUGGCACGCGGUAUUUUGGGGAAUCGGGACCCAGUUCCUGUUUGCUUGCUGCUGA